CAUCUUACUCUGUUAUUCAUCAGUGAUUGUGGGGUAGAUAUAGGUAGAAAUAGCCUAGGUAUUCGUUUACAGUAUAUCCUCCUUGUGCUGGAAUUCAAUUUCAGACCGAGGCACGGAGAAGAAAAUCAGCUUAAUGAAAAUUGAAUAAAGCGAAAGUUGUUGGCGAGUGAUUCAUUGGUCUCAUACCACACCUUAAGUGAAGUGUCUCAUCAGGAGAGAGAGGAAGGAGGGGGAGAGAGAGACAGAGUGGGAAGAGGGAGGGAGAGAGAGACAUCGUUGGAGGAGAGAGAGGAGGUAGGAGAGAGAAGAGGGAGCGAGUGAAAAGAGCGAGACAGACCGGGAGAGAGCGGAAGAGAGCAUCGCUGCUUUCAUGGACACCAAGUGCCACCUGGGCUCACAUUCUUCUUGUGGAUCACACUGCUACUUAAUUGGUCCACCGCCCACCAUGCCAUUAUCUAUUAUUAGAGACCAUCAGCUUUAUAUUCCAAAGAGAACAUUCUGACUAAGCACGGCCUGUUCCAUUCAUCAGCCCAUGAAAUGGGCCUAUAUCUGGGAUUGAUACUGAAUAGCUUGGCAUUCACUUCUCAUCAAAUGACUUUCUUUUCUCACUCCCCCAGUACCACUGCAGUAGCCAUACAUGAUUAGUGUUACUCUGCAAUCACCAUUGUGCUGCAUUGAACAGUUGUCCCCAGGUCCUCCACAUUGCUUCCCUGCAGCGAGCUGGAUGGGGUUGUCCCUGGCCUGUUCUCCUUAAUCAGCGUAAAUUAAGAGCGUAUGGUUAAGCAUCCAUGAGUCAGCUGUAUGGGUCCACACUGUGACUCGCCUUGGGCCUGGUGGAAUUGAUGGCUUGGUGAAGGCUCAAUUGAAUGGAUGACUUGGUGUGGGCCCAGUUGAAUGGAUGACUUGGUGUGGGCCCAGUUGAAUGGAUGACUUGGAUUGGGCCCAGUUGAAUGGAUGACUUGGUGUGGGCCCAGUUGAAUGGAUGACUUGGUGUGGGCCCAGUUGAAUGGAUGACUUGGAUUGGGCCCAGUUGAAUGGAUGACUUGGUGUGGGCCCAGUUGAAUGGAUGACUUGGUGUGGGCCUAGUAGAAUGGAUGACUUGGAUUGGGCCCAGUUGAAUGGAUGACUUGGUAUGGGCCCAGUUGAAUGGAUGACUUGGUGUGGGCCCAGUUGAAUGGAUGACUUGGAUUGGGCCCAGUUGAAUGGAUGACUUGGUGUGGGCCCAGUUGAAUGGAUGACUUGGAUUGGGCCCAGUUGAAUGGAUGACUUGGUGUGGGCCCAGUAGAAUGGAUGACUUGGUGUGGGCCCAGUUGAAUGGAUGACUUGGAUUGGGCCCAGUUGAAUGGAUGACUUGGAUUGGGCCCAGUUGAAUGGAUGACUUGGUGUGGGCCCAGUAGAAUGGAUGACUUGGUGUGGGCCCAGUUGAAUGGAUGACUUGGAUUGGGCCCAGUUGAAUGGAUGACUUGGAUUGGGCCCAGUUGAAUGGAUGACUUGGUGUGGGCCCACUCUUUAUUUUUUUGUAUUUUACCCCCAAUUUCAAUCUUUUCUCAUCGCUGCAACUCCAACUGGCUCGGGAGGCGAAGGUCGAGUCAUGCGUCCUCCGAAACAAGACCCACCAAACCGCCGCGUUCCUUAACCCGCCCGCUUAACCCAGAAGCCAGCCGCACCAAUGUAUCGGAGGAAACAUCGUUCACCUGACAACCGAGGUCAGCGUGCAGGCACCCAGCCCGCCACAAGGAGUCGCUAGAGCACGAUGAGCAUAGUAAAGCCCCUCCCCCCGGCCAACCCUCCCCUAACCCGGACGACGCUGGGCCAAUUGUGCUUUACAAUUGUGCUUUAGGCUCUCAAGGCAUUUCCUCACGAUUUAUGCCUACUUAAUUAAAAAAAAAAUCUUUCAGGUUCCAAUUAGCGCUUGUUGUUGUCUAAUUAGUAUUGUCACUGUCACUGUGUUGCUUAGUGGGGGCGACUGUGAUUUAGUGUGUCGUUACUGUUGUGGUGUGUGAGCGCAACACAGAGUACCUUGUUUGUUGUUGCAUGCUGCAGAGGAAUGAGCAUGAAAGUCAUGGAUCAGAUGUCAGUUUGCUAAGGAAGGAAGGUGUGUCAUCGCUUAGAAAAGUUGUGUGUGUUCAUAGACAAGCAUGUGUGUGUAAAUGCCAAUCUCCCUGCCUGCCACUUGAUCUACAACCCUUGAAAUGCCAUCGGCCCUACCAUGUAAAACAACAGCCCAGUACGCUCCAGUAUGUAAAGCGAAUGUUAGCUAUUUCCUUUAUUUCUGUGAAAGCUAUAAAUAGUGACUGUGCCUCCUCCUCACAGAUUGUUGUGUGAGGGGUGGAAUGGCCUGUUGAUGGGGGAUAGUUGUGACAGGGGCUAAGUGAUGGUAUUUCACCCCCCCCCCUCCCCUCCCACCUCUCAAGGUCACUGAAACGGAAGCAGCUUCUUACCCCAGUUUUCCCUGUGACGCUGCCACUGGCCUUGCUGUGUCAUGAUGGAGGCUGAUUCAUGGAGACGAGGGCUGUCUUCUCGUCAUUUCAACUCUGAGGGUGUAUUAUUCUGUUUGUUGUGGGUCUUAUUUGACUCAGUUGGUCCGUUAUGCUGUUCGUCUCCAUGCUGUGUGUGUGUGUGUGUGUUUGUGUGUGUGUGUGUGUUUCUCAGUAUGAUGAUCUAGGCUAGCCUAUGAUUGAACCAGUAUCUGGGCAAAGGAUCCUCUUCCGGACCAAAACAAUACAUUGAAAUGUUUAUUUAGUUCUUUGGAAGUACAUACCGGGCGUAACGGCAGUAAAUGACAAUAGUUGCAGGCAAACCGUAUUUAGUGAGUGACAUGUAUUUUAACAUUCUAGCGCUUGCAGACCGUGUGAAUGGUAACUUUCUGGGCAGAGAGGAGAUCUCGUCAUUUACAUCGACUCCUCUUUUCCAUGAGGGUAGUACUAUUACAGGAGACCCGGGAGGAGGUCUAUGAUUUAAUCAUGUUUUUCUGGUCCCACCGGCUUUGUGUCAUCAUGUUAUCUGUGUUGCGUGUAACUGGUCAUGUGUAAGCUAUGUGAUGCUUCCCGUGAGCAGGUGUGUUUGUAAUUGUGAGAUGAGUUCCACAUUUCAAUACAAGUGUAUGUCUCUGUGUGCGUGCAGCCCAUCUCAUCUCCAGGUUUGCGUGCUCUUGUAUGUCUGCUAAGAACGGAGUGUUGCUGUUCACUCACAACAAAGACCCUCCUUGGUUGGCUGCGUGCUCCGUCAGAGCAGAAGGCCAGUUAAGCGUCAAGAACACAGAAGGCCUGGGGAAGACGAAGAGGAAGACGAGUGCCCGCGAUGCCUCGCCAACGCCCAGCACGGACGCAGAGUACCCGUCCAAUGGUGGCGGAGGUAGCAGCGCCGAGCGUAUCUACGACCUCAGCAUCUCAGCCCUGGUCAAGUUCGCCUACGCGGCGGAGCGGGAAGACGAGCUGACACUGGUGAAGGGGUCAAGGGUCAUUGUCAUGGAGAAGUGUAGCGACGGCUGGUGGCGAGGGAGUUCUGAAGGUCGGGUAGGUUGGUUCCCCUCUAACUAUGUCCUGGAGGAGGGAGAGGAGGAGGCCGUCUCGGGGGACCUAAGCGGAGGUUACCCAGGGCAGGGGGCAGGGUCGGCAGGGGUUAUCAACGGGACCACCAGGGCGCUCCACACUGUCCAGACGCUGUACCCUUUCAGCUCUGUGACAGACGAGGAGCUAAACUUUGAAAAGGGCGAAGUGAUGGAGGUGCUGGAGAAACCGGAGAACGACCCUGAGUGGUGGCGGUGUCGGAACGCCCGUGGACAGGUGGGCCUGGUGCCAAAGAACUAUGUGGUUAUACUUAGCGACGAUCCGGCCCCCGGGGGUGGGAUGGGCUCGGGCCCCCACUCGCCCCAGAUCAACUACACAGGGCCGGCCCGCGUAGGAAAGUUUGCCGGGAAGGACUGGUACUAUGGGGGAGUGACCAGGCAUCAGGCAGAGUGUGCGCUCAACGAGAGAGGAGGUCAGGGAGACUUCCUGGUCAGAGACAGCGAAUCAUCGCCCAGUGAUUUCUCCGUGUCCCUCAAGGCGAUGGGAAAGAACAAGCACUUCAAGGUUGCGCUGGCGGAGGGGGUCUACUGUAUCGGCCAGAGACGCUUCAGCAGCAUGGACGAACUGGUGGAGCAUUACAAAAAAGCCCCGAUCUUCACCAGCGAACAUGGAGACAAACUCUACCUGGUCAAACCGCUGCUGUGACCACACACACACACACACACACACACACACACACACACACACACACACACACACACAAUCCGGACCCCGGUGCUCGGCCUGGCCUAACAACAAGCCUUAUUACUGGACUUGCCACUGACUGAUCUGAGCACAGCAAAAUCCACUGCUCUGCCCAUGCCCCUUCAAUACAACAGUUAGCACAGAGAGAGACUCAAAUGGAACAUGUUGGCCACCGUAGCUCAGAUUCCUGUCAGAAUAGUGACAUGGAGUCCUGUCCAGAAGUGUCCAGAGAACGCCUUCACUAAGGCAUCGUCUGUAAGCAUCUGCUCUCGGCCUUGGCUGACAACUCCACCUCCUAGUAAAGCCCUGCCGGAGCCUCCUAGGUUUUAGGAGUGAGCACGGAUGGGGAUUUACAGUCAAUGGUUCCUUCACAACAGCUACAUACACCAUGAACGUGAAUAUUUAAUGUGUUGACAUUGACAUCACAUUAUCACUGGAGACCUUUUGGAUUUUUUUUGGGGGGGGGGGCGGGACAAACGGGAGUAGAGAAACAGCUCUUCUCUUUUUGCUUGUCUCCAGUAGGUGUUGUUGCUUUGUCUGUCGUUAUCGAGCGACCCGUCGUUUGCAGAAAGUAGUAUUACGUUUCCAUAAAGACUGUUGUACCAGAAAGAAAGGCACCACAACUGGCACUGCAUUAACCAGAUGAGGAAAGGACGCCCUCUGUAGGUGUAUUGUGGAAUGUCCGUGGAUGUGUACCAGCCACACCCUCCUACUGCUCAAAUGUUCCCCCCGAACGUUCUCUUCGAAUCUCUCCUCAGCGUCCGGGUGAAAACGUCGCUGACCGAGGACGGAGAUUCAAGAGCGAUAAGAAAACGUUUUGUGGGUUGUCUGUUUGCCAGUGAAAGUCUGUUCAACAUUUUGUUUCCUGCUUUUAAAAAAGAAAAACUGUCUUAAUGUUACUGAGCACUGUUAUUUAAAUCUUGUUUUCAGCUCUGUAUGUAUAUUUAAAAAGAAGAAUAAGGUGAAUAUUAUAUGAAUUUAGAUACAGCUAAAAGGUACUGUACUCCAAGACGGUGUGGUGACUGAGGAAUGAAAUACUUUUGUUCAAUUAAAAGGUUUU